AUGGAUGAAUUCGACGAGGAAGCAUUCAACAAGUUCUUUCCCUCAAGCUUUGGGAAGCAGGCGAAAUCGGUUGAUGUUGAGUCCCAGAUCGACCGCUCCAAGCGUGUUGAUGUUGCGGCUCCGAAACCAGAGGACAAUGAACUAAGCAUUGCCCCUAGCUCAGAAGCAAGAGGGAGCGACGAUGAGCAAAAACACAGUGAUGAUAAUAGCGACGAAGACUCUGACGAUUCAGAUGAUGACGAGGAUGAAUUUCCCGUAUCGCAUGAGCUUGUUCUCAAGGCUCAUGAGCGUGCCGUGACCACUAUGACCGUGGACCCCUCGGGGGCCCGACUAAUCACAGGUUCUACCGAUUGCACACUGAAACUAUUUGACUUUGCCUCGAUGACCCCAUCCACACUCCGCGCCUUCAAGUCCGUCGAUCCUUCAGCUAAGAAAGCGACGGCCGCCCAGGACACCCACGCCGUGCACUACGCCGCGUUCAAUCCGCUCUCUCCAAGUUACGUUCUAGCUGUGACUGCCACUGCGCAGCCACGCAUUCUCAGCCGUGAUGGUGAGAUACUCACAGAGUUUGUGAAGGGAGAUAUGUAUCUACGAGAUUUGCACCAUACCAAAGGACAUGUGUCUGAGGUUACUUGUGGUGCAUGGAACCCAUCUGAUCCUAACAUAUGCGCCACUGCUGGAACCGACAGCACAAUUCGCAUCUGGGAUGCCAAUGUUGGCCGCUCGCAGAAGGAGGUGAUCGUGCACAAGUCGCGGGCAGCUGGCUCCGCUGGUCGGACUAAGAUGACUGCCAUCGCAUGGGGCUCCCCGAAACAAGGAGGGGCCGACAUUCUGGUAGGUGCAGGUCUUGACGGAAGCCUCGCUAUGUGGAGUGGAAAUGGCCCAUACACCAGACCCAGCGCAGAAAUUCGGGAUGCUCAUGUCAAAGAUACAUGGACAAGCGGUCUUGAUAUCAGUUCCGAUGGAAGGCUUGUUAUCACCAGAGGUGGUGAUGAUACUAUCAAGCUUUGGGAUACCAGAAAGUUCAAGACUCCAGUCACAACCGUCACACAUACCUCGACAUCUUUCCGCUACCCGACAUCCAACAUUCAGUUCUCUCCUUCGUCUGCCAAUAUCAUCACAGGUUCUGAAACCGGCCAUCUGCAUAUCCUCAACCCCGCUACUCUCAAGGCAGAGCUCGUGACUCCUGUGACACCGGGAUCGCCUUUGAUUACUGUUCUAUGGCACGAAAAGCUCAACCAGAUUAUGACAGGCUCUGCCAAUGCCGAAACCCACGUCCUCUAUAACCCGAGCAUGUCCACGAAAGGCGCAGCGAUAGUCAUGUCCAAGGCACCGAAACUUCGCCAUGUUGAUGAAAUUGCUAUGCCCGCGGACUUGAAUCAGGGAUUGGCAGGUGAUUCGGUGGUCGUCGGCUCCAAUGGAGUUCCGCAUUACAGCUCGGCGACUAGGUCUGCUCGUCAUCCUACAGUUGGCUUUACAGCCUCUGGUCGCUCUCGCGAUCCUCGACGACCGCAUUUGCCGAUGCAGACACCAUUUGCCAAAAAUACCCCAGAUGAGAAGCACAUCCUCGAGCAUAUUCCACUCAGCUCCAUGCGAGACGAGGAUCCACGUGAAGCACUCUUGAAAUAUGCCGACCAGGCGGAGAAGGAGCCUAUAUUCACCAAAGCAUACAAAGAAACACAACCAAAGGCGAUCUAUGCGGAACUCAGUGAUGGUGAAGAUCAAGGACCGGAAAAGAAGAAAGCAAAGCGAUGA